AUGAGAACACACUCAACAAUAUGUGUUUUAUUAUACAUUUUCCUGGGCUCUUUAUCUGUUGUCACAGCAUGUGGAAAUAUUCUUGUAAUAAUCUCCAUCAUCUACUUCAAGCAACUCCACACACCUUCUAACUACCUUAUUUUCUCACUGGCUGUGGUUGACCUGCUUGUGGGAAUUGUAGUCUUUCCGUUCAGCAUGUCAUAUCCUCUCAGCUCUUGUCUGUAUUACAGAGAGUUAUUAUGCAAAAUACGGGACAGUUUUGAUGUUGUACUGAGCACAACUUCCAUUUUUACUUUAUGUUGUAUUUCUGUUGACAGAUACUAUGCAGUGUGUCAGCCGCUGACAUACAGGACUAAGAUAAGCUUUCAAGUUGUUUCAGUCAUGAUCCUGAUGAGCUGGGGUGUUUCUAUUUUUAUUGCUGUUGGCUUUGUUAUUACAGAGUUAAAUCAGAAAAAAUGUGAACAAAACUGUUAUUUAGAUGAUGUGCUUGAAACGAUUUUAGCACCUGUUUUUUCUUUUUAUCUGCCCAUCAUCAUAAUGCUGUACAUCUAUCUGAGGAUUUAUCUUGUUGCACAGAGACAGGCUCGCAGCAUCCAGAUCACAACAAAGUCUGGAGUUACUGUCAGCAAUGGGGAAAGGAAGGCCACCAGGACUCUGGCUAUUGUCAUGGGAGUUUUUCUCAUCUGUUGGCUGCCGUUUUUUCUUUGA